CAACGGUAAAAGCUCGUAAAAUAAUGAAAGUAAUAAUAGUAAUUCCUCUCCACCGUUUCCGAGAAGCACUCCGAGUGUUCUCCAUUUCGUCCAAGAAGUACGUCAUAAAAAUGUGAGAGGACAGUUUCCAGCAGCGGAGGCGAAUGAAGAGAGACGGAGUUAACGCGAAAUGGAUGGAAGGGAGAUAUGAAAUAUUGAGAGAAAUCUGAGAGGGUGUCUGGAGCGACAGAGAAAGAGAGAGAGAGAGAGAAUGAAGCAUGAGCAGGUAGGCAAGAGGAUUCUUGUCUGUCGGUGGGCAAAGUGAAUAGCAAAGUAAAAAUGAAGUUGCGUCUUUGUGCAAUAUUCAAUGGGAAGUAUAUAAAGGAUAGGCAAGUAUCGUGCUGGGAAAGGUUGUCAGCUAUUGAGUUGAGACGUGUGCGGUCAGUAUUCGUGGUAAAAAAGAAGCUGAGGAAAAGGUAACACGUGCAACAGAUUCCUCCAGGCAGCGGCCAACUCAGUCUUCAAACGAAUACUGAACGGAGAACAGCUCUUCUCUUCAAUAUUUCAUCCUUCAGUGGUUGCCAGAGUCGCUGAGUCCAUUGGGUCCAGGAGAGGAGUCGUGGGUUUUUUUAAAUCGGAAUUUGUGUCUUCAAGUGUUCGAACCAUGGUUAAUAAAUAUUGCUUCGGAAUUUUGGUGCUCUUGGCAGCGAGUGGCUACGGAAUGUAUCAUCACAGAGACAGUAAAUACCUGAAUCACGUCCACUUGGUGUACCAGUUCAACUGUUCAUUACCUCAGCUGCGAGCAGUGGCGGUCGAAGAAUUGUUAUCAGUUGGACCAAGUCCAGACGAAAUUUUUUAUCCGAGAGAAACGAUCCUGGCGAGAUGUGAUGGAGCUGGCUGCUGCCUCCGUGAGAAUGAAGUGUGCGGUCCAAUUGAGACGCGAAAAGUCAGUCUCGUAUUUUUGGUGAAACAUCGCAUCGACCAGCAGAGAGAUCGACAUCACGAGACUCUUCACGUAGUUGAGCACACAAAGUGUGGAUGCAUCGAUCGUGAUAAAAACGAAAACUUGUUGUCGAAUGAAGUUUGA